AUGAUGUCUCAGUCGCUGGGCACGCGAUCGGUGGCGACCGCCGGGCCUCGCGUCGCGGCGCCCAAGUCACGGCCGGUCGCCGGCAAGGCGUUCCUGGGCGGCGCACCGAAGGCGCCCGUCACGAGGGGGCAGGGCCACAGGCUGAUCACGGCGAUGGGGACUGCCAGCGAGCAGGUCGGGUCGGCGUACGCCACGGCCCUCGUCGAGCUGGCGCAGAGCAAGGACGCCCUGGAGGCCGUGCACGCGGAUGUUGACGCGCUGGCCUCCAUCCUGAAGGAGAACGCCGCCAUCAACGAGUUCCUGAUGAACCCGGUGGCCGAGGACGGCAAGAAGAAGGAGGUGCUGGAGAAGCUGGCGCAGGAGGCGGGCUUCAACGAGUCCACCAAAACGUUCCUGUUCCUAACGGUGGACAAGGGCCGCAUCGACUGCCUGGAGGAGAUUUGCACCUAUUUCGAGAACCAGUACUGCAAACUGACAGACACGCAGGUGGCGACCCUUCGAUCUGCGGUGAAGCUCGAACAAGAGCAACAAUUCCUCAUUGCCAAGAAGCUGCAGGAGCUGACAGGGUCCAAGAACAUCAAGCUGAAACCUGUGGUUGACAAAUCGCUCAUUGCUGGCUUCGUUGUAGAGUAUGGUUCGUCUCAAAUUGACCUUUCAGUAAAGGGUCAAUUGGACUCAAUAUCAACAGAAUUGGAAUCGGCUGCGGGGGUCUAG